AUGAUAUUCAAGAUAAUAAGUAUACCUGAUUAUGAGCUAAUUGCCUAUACGUUCAGAAAUGUUGGUGACAUUGCUAUACUGAAAAUCGAUGCUUAUCACAACAGUGUAAAAGGUCAUUUUGUGGAAGAUUUUCCAACAAUAAAAUACUUCCCAGCCAAUAAUAAAAAUGGAAUUUUAUUUCAAAAUGAUUUGAAUUAUGAAAGCAUAUUCCAAUUUAUCAAAGAGCACUCAUCAUUUAACUUUGGAUCUAAAAACGUAAAAUUCGACCUUUAA